GGGUGCAAGGACUGGGGUGGUUACUUACUCCCUGCCGCCAGUCACAGCGCCCAGCGUCUGCUCGGGGACAUGGCGGUUCCCGCCGCCGACCGUUAACGGUCACCGCAGGCGCCAGCCGCUGUUGCCAUGGCGACGGGGACGCGCCCCGCCUGGGCCGUAAAGUACUGGCGACGGUCCAGCGGCCUCCUCAGGCUUCGGUCAGCGGCCGCAGCUUUCCAGGAAAACCGGAUGGAAAAAUGCGUGAAUCCUAAUCAGAGGCGCAGGUCCUGCCGGACAGCUCGCCUCAAUCCGGAAAUAAAGAACCAGUUACCUUCUUCUUUAAAUUGUGCACGUGCCUUGGAACUGAUAAAGCCAACAGUCUUUAAAGUUGCCAUCAAGAACAAAUAUGAAAUUGGACCAACUGACCGAUACCCAUCUCUCAAUAGUUCACACAAACCUCCUCCUGAAUCCUCUCAACUAAAUAGAGGUAAAGUAGCAGCAUGGACCAAUACAACUUGCAUUCCUGCACCAAUAAAAGUUCAUGAUCAGUGUAGGCCUAAAACAGAAAUUCGAAAAUGUCCCUUCAGAUCAACAGAGCCAAAAAGCAAAACUCCAGCUGAGAACGGAAUGUCAUACAUUACAGGAAAAGACAGUAAAAGUACUAAGCUUGAUGCUGACGACCAUCUUUCAAGUAAAGAAGAAAUUGAGGCGCAGACAUCCUGUGAAAUAGGUGCUUCCUCCAGAUCCCUUGAUUUAGAAUUCCAGCAGACUGAAGUAAAUGCUCGGGAAAUACUUCACCUUUAUCUGCCCAACCUUGACAUUCACGAAGAGGAGGAAUUUUCAACUCGAUGGGAACCAGAUGAGGGUGUUUCACAGAAGUCAAAAGUAUCUGCUGAAAACAUGAAGAUAAAAGGGAAAUAUAAAAAUAUUAAUAAAAUACAAGAUUCAAGCGGGAUCAAAGGUUCUGCUUGGAUAUGUCGACCUGGUGAUGAACUGAAAGGUCAAGUGCAGAGGAAGCCAAUGUGUGCAAGGAAAUGUGUUCAUCCUACUUCGAUUAGUUGUUACUUUAUGGAGCAAAAAAAAUAUUCCGAAACAUUUCAAGAUCCCCCAAAUGGAUUAAACCGAGCACAACCAUUAAAGCACAACAGCAGAAAUGACUCAAUGGCUGAAUUAAACAUAUAUGAUUUGGAAACCGAACUAGAUGAUGCCCACAGACCCCAGGAGAACACGCACAACAGUUCGCCAUCCAAUACCAAUGAGAAUCCUACUCUUGUUACUGAUGCUGAGAAUGACAGAGAGAAAACAAAGAUAUUUGUAUUCAAUGCAACUGAGCCAAAAGAAUUUGUUAUGAAUGUCUUGCCCAUGGCUAAACAUCUGAACAUUCAGAGAAAAAACUUCAUUUCCAGUUCAUAGUAUAGGUUACCACUUUGCAAGCAGUAGUGUUUGCCAAUUUAAAAAGCUGGUAUAGACAGCUAAGGGGAAAUUUAAUAAAGGCAUUGAAAAUUAUGAGAGUUUUGAUAGUAGAGUAAAUAAAGGAGAAAAUGUUACUGCUGUUACAAAGUUUGAAAUAAGGAUGCCAAUUUAAGGCAUUUACUAAAAGGACCAAAUGGAAGAGGGGAAAUCCUUUUAUGUUAUGAAUUGGAAUCCAUUGCUUGACAGGGAAGUAGACUCAAUAAUAAUUUUCAAAAGGAAAUUGGAGAUACGUUUGAAAAGAAAAAAAAUUGCAAGGAAGGAAAAAGAGAAGGGGAGCAGAAUUAUUCAGUUAGCUCUUACAAUGAGUUGGCACAGGCAAAAUGGGGCACAUGGAUUCUUCCUAUGCUGUAUAAUUUGUUAUGUAGUGGAGUUAUUUUUAAAGAUUUAUUUUCAAAUCGAAACAGAAGCUGCAAUGAACUUGAUGUAUAUUAGGUGAGAAAUAACUUGAGUAUUGUUGAUGUCUUCUGUUAUUGAUGUUGCUAGUGUAAGAUUAGUGAACCAGUUACAAAGCAUCCAAAUAUUUACAAUAUAUAGUAAUAUUUUAAUCAUUUAUUAAGCAGUUUAUGAAGUGAAGAACCACAGAUGAGUUAUGAGAAACAUCCUUGUUUGUUGUUAAACACCAUAAUAUUUUGGUACACAUGAUUUGAGGUUAUUCUAAAAUUUAUUCAGAAUUAAACCAGCACCAUUUUUUAACAUUUAUUUUGUAUUAUAAUCAUUAAAUUAUCCUUACCACUAAUUUUGAUUAUAGCAGAAGAAAUUUCAACAUUUUGGGGGGAUUAUUUUUUUCAUUUUUGAUUCAACUAAUUAAUUAUUUGAAAAAUAUAUGUUGAAUUCUUAUAUUUCCCUCUAUCUUCAGCUCCCAAUUACAAAUGCGGAGAUAAUUCAGUUUCUAUUAUUUUAGUUAGUUCCCAUCUCUUUAACUAAAUGUAAAAAGACUUUCUUGUGCUUAUUGUUCAUUAUAUUUACUUUCUCUGUUAUUUAUAGGUAGGAGAAAUAUUAAUAGGUUGGUCAUGUUCAGAUUAAAAUUUGGAAUGAUUUGUAUAUGCAUUAUUCAAGACAGCAACAUAAUAUACAGGUCUGAAUCAGCUCUGCAAAGAAGUUUUAUUCUGUAUUAUUCAAUUGGAAUUUGUCAUUGUUGUUUUUUGUAGGACUUAUUUUUUUACACAUAACCCAUAAAUACUUCUUUCAAUGACACUAUUAUUAAAAUGAUAAGGAGGUAAACUCUGAUAUUCAUGUAGGAUGGCACAAAUGUAUGAAUAAUCUUCUACAACUUCUACGCAUUUAUUCAGGUGCAGACCAGCGCAGAAUAAAUAACAAUGGGCAAAUGUGCAUGAAAGAAACUUGCGUGAUACCCACAGAAAGGGAAUGGUGCUUUAAACUUCCCAGCAUAUAUUAGCCAGCUAUUCUCCAGAUAGUCUGAUCUCAAUUACAUGAUGUCUGCACAAACGGAUGCAAGAAUUAAAGAAGGAUAUUAAUAUUUUGCCAACCUCCACUCUGCUGUUUUAAAAAAUGAAAAACCCCAUUAUUUUUAAACACAAAUAUUUAGUAAUGUAUAAUAAUUGGCUCAAAGGACAUUCCAAAAUGAUACAGCAAUGUGUCUGCUUAUUGCAUUUCGUGCUCCUUUUUAUUUGAAGUGGAUAUGUACAAUAUGCAGUGUUCAUCUCAGAAAAUCAAUAGAUGUGAAUUGUAUUUUUUAGAAAAUGACUGCCUUUUAUUUAUCUAUUGUGCAUUUCAUUAUCAUCCUUCUGAAUGUUACUGUCUUAGAAGUUGAGCAAAGCAACAAAUUUAGUCCUGUUGUUUGGUCAGGAUGUUCAUUUGAAAUGGAUGUUGAAAUUCUGUACAAGAGUUUAUUAUUCCAUAAGAAGUAUUAAACAGACUCAUUACUUAC